CUGACCCCUAAAAAUGGUGCGCUAUUCACUCGACCCAGAAAACCCCACAAAAUCAUGCAAAUCAAGAGGUUCAAAUCUUCGUGUUCACUUUAAGAACACUCGUGAAACUGCCCAGGCCAUGAAGGGUAUCCACAUCCGAAAAGCCACCAAGUAUCUGAAGGAUGUCACUUUAAAGAAACAAUGUGUGCCAUUCUGUCGUUACAACGGUGGAGUUGGUAGGUGUGCACAGGCCAAACAGUGGGGCUGGAUGCAGGGUCGGUGGCCCAAAAAGAGUGCUGAAUUUUUACUACACAUGCUCAAAAAUGCAGAGAGUAAUGCUGAGCUUAAAGGCUUAGAUGUAGAUUCUCUGGUCAUUGAGCACAUCCAAGUGAACAAAGCCCCCAAGAUGCGGCGCAGGACUUACAGAGCUCACGGUUGGAUCAACCACUACAUGAGCUCUCCCUGCCACAUUGAGAUGAUCCUUACUGAAAAAGAACAGAUUGUUCCUAAACCAGAAGAGGAGGUUGCACAGAAGGAAAAGAUAUCCCAGAAGAAACUGAAGAAGCCAAAACUUAUGGCCCAGGAAUAAAUGCCGCAGAAAAUAAAUGCAAAUAAAAGUAAAAGUGUUGGUUGUCUUAAAAAAAAAAAUAAGAUACUAUAUUUCUUGUUAUUUAAACAUCAAUCCUGCAUCGCUUCUCUUUAACAAGAUACCCCCAUUAGCCAUACAGAAAAUAUAAGAUAGAAUUAUAUAUUCAGAUCUCUCCUUCAAGAUAAUCACUCUGGAAUUCUCUCCACUUAGUCCAGUGACACUGACUAUGUGCAGAGAAAGACUGGAAACUCCUUAUUUGGAAUUACUCUUACAAUAGGAUAAUAGCCAGGAGUAAGCUGGUCUUCUUACUUUAUGGUCACAAUUGGGUUUUUUUAAAGUUCAAGUUCCUACUAUUUCCAUAAAAAUCAGGUCUACCUUGAUGGGCAAAGAUGUGUCAACCUUGAAAUUAUGCAAAAGGGUCUGUGGGUAGA